CAUUAGCCUAGCCUAGCACUGUCUGGGCGCACUCGUGGAGAUAUCGCUGCUGCGCUGACUCCAGCGUGGACUGCCGCUACGGGAGCUCAGAAACUUCUGAGUCAACUUGAGCCACACGGGGCAAGCCAGCACCGAGCAGCGUCGCCGAAAAGCACAAAACCCACAGGUUCGUCGGGCGUUAAUUUGCACCGACGCAAGCAUAAGACGGCCUUAAUACGAUAGUAGCAAUAACCUUAGACAGCGUGUAACAGCUUGCGGCUGUGUUUGCUGUGACAGGAUAUCUAAAACACUAAAAAUGACAGCCAAAAAGCCACGGAGCAUGCUCCGAGAAGCCUCUCAUCAGGUUAUCGCCGGUGGAUCCGCUGGUCUGGUAGAGAUCUGCUUGAUGCAUCCCCUCGAUGUGGUGAAGACAAGGUUUCAGAUCCAAAGAGGAGCCACUGACCCCACCAGCUACAAGAGUCUGCGUCAUUGCUUCCGGACGAUCUUCCAGACUGAAGGAGCGUUUGGCUUCUACAAGGGAAUCCUGCCUCCGAUUCUGGCAGAGACACCAAAGAGAGCAGUCAAGUUUUUCACCUUUGAGCAGUACAAGAAGUUGCUGAAUUUGACCCCUUUGUCUCCUGGUGUGGCGCUGUCUGCAGCAGGGCUUGGUUCUGGCUUGACUGAGGCUUUAGUGAUCAAUCCAUUCGAGGUGGUGAAAGUCAGUCUUCAGGCCAACAGAGAUUCUUUCAAAGAGCAACCCUCUUCUUUUGCACAAGCAAGACGCAUAAUUAAGUCAGACGGCUUUGGGCUGAGGGGCCUGAAUAAAGGAUUAACAUCAACACUGGGGCGCCAUGGAGUUUUCAACAUGAUCUACUUUGGCUUCUACUUCAAUGUCAAGGAUGCUAUUCCUACCAGCCCGGAUCCUACCCUAGAGUUCCUACGAAAGUUUACCAUUGGCCUGUUAUCUGGGACCAUCUCCUCCUGUGUGAAUAUUCCCUUCGAUGUAGCCAAGAGCCGCAUCCAAGGCCCCCAGCCAGUGCCAGGAGAGAUCAAGUAUCGCACCUGCUUCCAGACCAUGGCACUGGUGUACCGCGAAGAGGGGUAUUUGGCGUUAUACAAGGGAUUGGUUCCCAAGAUAAUGAGGCUUGGACCAGGUGGAGCAGUGAUGCUGUUGGUCUAUGAAUAUGUAUCUGGGUGGCUGCAGAGAAACUGGUAACAAUAAAAGGAAACCCACAAUGGUGCCUUAUGAACUGUGCAAGUAAUUGUUAACUGAUCAGAGCAAUAUUAGACCAAUUUAGAUCUUUUUUUUUUUUUAUCUUAAAUACAAAAAGAAACUACUCAGAAUACCAAAUCAGCAUUAUGUUAUGUAGAAGAAUGCAGCUUACUGAAGACAUUAUCAUCAUCUCCCAUAUUCUGUCACUCAGAAUAUGGAAACUGUUGCAAUAUCUGAAAGUGGUCUUCUUAAAAAAAAAAAAAAUGAAUUUUAACAUCAGAUCAAUUGAUUUUAGAAUCACUGACAAUCAGUUUUACUGAUGAGAACCUACAUUAGCAUAUUUUCUUUCACAUUUAAACGGCUUUAAUUCUCAUGUGACGGAUUUUUUUCUUUCUCUCUUUUUUUUUGGGUGCUCAUCUCACUGGUUUGAUGUGACAUCAAUCAGAGAUUUAACAGAUUCCUCAAAAAAAAAAACAGACUGAGUGCUUAAAUAGCUGAAGCUUCAUAAUAUGAACUUAAUGUUAUACAGAAAUACUUGAAAUUUGUUUAACUGCCAUAAAACACCAAAAAUGGAGGGAAGGUCUAUGUCUAUUUCUCUUUAUUGCUAUAUUUGAAUGCAUGCUAAAUUAAGUUGACUGUGCAACCAUCCAUCUCCAAUCUCCCACUUUAACAGAUCUUAAAUAAUACUUACCUUGAAAUCAGCUGCGGCACACACACACACACACUACAGCUGCAGAGUGACAAACAGUUCCACUAUGGUCUUUUUAUCAUCUUUUUAUGGAAUAUGGAUUCAUGAAUGCAAAUACAAGGUGCAAUCAGGAAGUUUAUACACCAUGCCUAUAAAAGAAGAGAAAUCAUUCCCGAUUUAAAUUCAGCAGUUUCCGCCUUCAAGGUCAUCUCCGUGUGCAGCAAAGCCCUGCUCCCUGUGGCACAGCUACUUUUGAAGAAUUCCUUGGAAGUCUAGAUUUGAAUGCACCUAUUAUCACACGUGUGCUACAGAUAGCAUUUCAAUGAGUGUUAGAACAAUGAUGUUAUUAAAGCCUAUUGCAAAAGUUUUUAAUGGAUAUGUUUUUGCCAGUUUGUCUUAAUGCAUGGCAUCAAACGUGCUGGUUGUGAGGCCAGUGGCAUCACAAAGUCCCCUUUGAUGUCGCACCACAAUAAUACUGGCUGACGGGGACAAACAGUCCUGUCUGAGACAAAACUGUCAACCCGUUUGGGAGAUUCCUGUUCUCCACUUUGCUUUAUUUUCACUUGCAGUUUAGUUUCAUUUUCCAUCUUUGUCAGGUUAGGUUUAGGCACCAAAAACUACUUGGGCAUGUGAAGGCUUGGGCUGUAAUAUGCCACUGUCAAUGUUAACCUUGCACAAUGAAAAAUGGACAGUAUUAGAUGGGCUCCUUCUGUUUUUUAUGUACCUCCAACUGUUUUGAAUUUUAUAUGUUUUCAAGUUUUUAUUGAUAAAAGAUUGUGUCAAUUUUCCUUUUAAAGUCCCUGCUGGAAAAAAAAAAACUCAGAUUGUUCUUACAUGCAUUGGUAACAAAUAAAAAGAAUAAAGAGAAAAUG